AUGCGACUUCGAGGCGUGGCGUCACCAGGGCGAACAUCGAACGAGAGGUGUCCGUACUGCGGACCGUGGGCGGUCACAGCAAUGUUAUCGAACUGCACGAGGUCUACGAAACCCCAAGUGACGUCAUUUCUAGUACUUGAACUGGUGUCCGGCGGUGAGCUGUUCGAUCAUGUCUGCGCUAGGGAAUGUCUGGACGAGGUCGAAGCGGCAGCUUUCGUCCGUCAGAUUCUUCUCGGCAUCAAGCACCUUCACAGCCUUCACAUCGUCCAUCUCGAUAUCAAGGUAUUAUUUUAUUUCGCAAGCUUCUGUUCUGUUGAUUGCGAAAAUUCCAGUGCAGUAGCAAAUAGCGCUGAGAAUGAAUUUCAUUGA